AUGUCGUCCACCAGCAACGCCUCCAUUGACAAGUUCAACGGAGACAAUUACGCAACGUGGAGCCGGUACAUGCGCGGUGUGUUUUUGACGAAGUCCGUCUGGCACGUCGUCAACCGUGAAGUGACUCCGACUUUCACCGACCCGCGAGCGUCCGAUGACUACGUCAAGGCAAGCAACGUCGCGUUUGGUAUGAUGCUGCUGCACAUGAACGCGUACUACCAUCAUGUGCUGGACAACUGCGAGGAAGCCUGGGUUGCGUGGACAAGUCUGAAGACGCUGUACGGUGGGUCGCAGAAGGCAGGACGCAUCUACCUCAAGCGACAACUUUUCAGUAUCAAGAUGGCUGAAGGCGCGAACGUCAUGCAUCACUGCAACGAGGUCCUCAACAUCUCCGCCAAGCUUAGCGGCAUCGGUGCGAAGAUGGAAGACGAAGACGUUGCAAUUUGUCUGCUACUCAGUCUUCCGAAGAGCUACGAAAAUGUGGUGCUCAACAUGAGCAGCACCGAGCUUCGCACUCAAGAUGUGGUGAGAGUCCUGACGAAUGAGCAUGCCAAGCGUCAAGGAGAAAAAGGGACAACGACAGCGACUACGAUGAAGGCUGAAGAUGCAAACAAGGCAUUCAGCGCCGAGCGUGAGCCCUACCAAUGCACGUAUUGUGGCAAGGUGGGACACACGGUGGAUCGUUGCUGGACAAAGCAGAAGAACGAAGGUCGGGGAGCCCGACGUGGCGGCAAUGGUCGUGGACGCGGGGCUAACAAUGUCAAGUGGGGACAUCAUGAUGAAGGCAAUGGCUACGAUCGAGUGGCGUUUGCAGUCUCGUUCGAAUGUGGAGUUUCGACGAGCAAGGACGUGUCUGGAAUGUGGGCCGUCGACAGUGGUGCAACGCACCACAUUUGCCACGACAAGACCAAGUUCGCAAGUUUGGCAGAGCGCAAUGAGGGCGAACUCUUGGUGGCUGAUGGCAACAAGGUGGCCAUCAAGGGUGUGGGAACCAUCAUGGAAAAGGUGGUUCUGUUCAACGGUGAAGAGCGUGAGAUCGAAAUCAAGAACGCGCUAUAUGUUCCAAGUAUGAGCAAGAACCUGCUCUCGGUGCCACAGGUUAACAGCCAUGGCAAGUUUCAAGUCGUGUUUGACGGGUCCAAGAUGUAUGUGACUCUCAAGAACUCACAGCAAGUGGUGGCGACAGCGGAUCUCGUGGAUGGACUCUACUGGCUUUGGACGACUCAACGAUCAGCGAAUGUGACAACAAGUGGAACCAGUUGUGCUGUUGACGGUCAUCGGUUUUCUACCAGUAUUGGUAACCGUGACCGGUCCAAUCCGAACCGCCUGUUCAGCUUAGUAUUUACGACGUAG